AUGCCGUUAUCCGGGAAUCAUUCGGAAGUGCUUAUAGCAGCAAUUGAGAUGAUUGGCCUCGAGCCCGCACCUUUGCUUGCAACUGUAUUUGGCAUUGUAGCCCUGCUGGCACUUCUAGCCAAUUCUGCUCUGCUUAUUUAUAUCAUUUACAAUCGACUCUAUCGCAAUUUCAUUUCAUCCCAUUUCAUUGCGCAUUUAUGCAUAACAAAUGCUGUUGCGCUGUGCCUCCUGUUGCCAAUGUUCAUUUACAAUGCUCUGCUGACCUGUGCCGUCUGGACAGUGAUACAUUUCAUGGCGCUUUGUAUUGCUGGCGUACAUUUGCUUACUUUUGCACGAAUACACUAUGAGCAAUUGUUUGGCUUGCCGCCCAAUAUGCUUUGUGCGCUUUCUUGGCUACUAGCCUUUGGCCUGGCACUACCAACAAUUACCAAUGGACAUAUCAUCAUCUAUGAUCCCUCAUUUAGGCAUUGUGUCUGGGGCGAUAGUGACAGUGGCCUUAAAUUUUUAACAUAUCUGCUAAUCCUGGGAGUAUUUAUACCGGCAUCAUUAUCUUCCUAUGCCUAUAUUCGUGUUCUUGGCAUUCUCUAUCACAGCCCAAUCGUUUUUCAAAGUAUUGGUCUAUAUAAAAGUCGUUUCCUCGUUUAUGCGUUUCUUUUGAGCCCGUUCUAUCAGCUACCAUUCUAUGCAAUCACGAUUGUAAAGGACUGGAGGAGGACGGAAACAAUGGUGCCCGUGAUAAUGCUAUUUUUGGCAUUCAUGCAAUGCUUUAUUUCGCCUGCUCUCUACGGUGCAUCGCUUUUCAUGAUGAAAGAAGAGGAUAUGGCACUCACAGCUCGCGCACAUAAAGCACCAAACGCUCAUUCACUCACUCAACAUUUGUAAUU